CAAGGCCAAGGCCAAGGCCAGAGCUCAUAGAGAGAAAUCUACAUAUUUAAAGGGCUGAAUAGAGACAGGAAGAAGAACAAUAGCCGAAACCUAAUUGCCUUGUCCCCCACGCGACCAUGACGCCGAACCUGAGAUCUUUGGUUGCUAAGGCUCACCGCGUUCGUCAAGGACGUACUUUCUCUUCUUCCUCCUCCUCCUCCUCCUCCUCCUCAGCUCCCAAUCCUAUCGACAACAAAGGAGGAAGAAGUUCUAUUGUCUCUAAUUUCGUAAGUCGAUGUUUGUUAGUGAUGUCGGGAUUCGGCAUAGGUUCUUACAUGGAGGGAGAUGACACCGACAAAUUUGAGGAGAAGAUGAAAGCGAAACAGAAAGAUGCUUUGGAUGCCUUGGCCAAGGAGCGAGAGCAGCGGUUUGGGUUUGACCAAAACAAAACCAGGGUUCUAUAGUUUGUCUCACUUUUAUUUGUCACUCUAUGUCUUGUUCAUGUAAGAGAGUUUGCUAUGCGCAUAGUUUCCAUGGAUUUGUUUUCUCUCUACUGAUGUUUUGGGUCUAUAUAUAUAUAUAUAUAUAUAUAGUUCUGUCUC